AUGACUCACAUGCUUUGGCUCUACUGCUUCGUGUUUCUUUUGCCCACAGAGUCUUGCAGGAUGUUAUGCCAGGUUGCCAACAAAAGCAAGGAGAAGAUCUCUGCCAGGCCACAUGGUGUAUGUGAUGGUGUCUGUGUAGACAAUUCCCACUGUAGCCAACCUUGCCCUCCUGACACUCAGGGGAAUACGGGGUUUUUAUGCAGGCAAAAGAAAUGGUACAAGAUCACUGAAACCUGCCGGACUCUUAAUGCCUUCAACAUCUUUGAGACAAAUUCAUAUUCGGUUCAGCCAUUCGGAGGAGAUACAAUAGAAAAAGAGUAUGCCAGAAAGUCUGAGACCAUCACAGACAUGCUGAUGCAAAAGUGUCCGGAGGAUUUGUCCUGUGUACUCAGGAACAUUCGGCAGUCUCCCCGGAUCCCGGGAAACAUCGCUGUCAUCGUGCAGCUCCUACACAACAUAUCCACGGUGCUAUUGACGGGUGUUGAUGAGGCGAAGAUGCAGAGUUACAGCGUCAUGGCCAACCACAUUCUUAACAGCAAAAGCAUCUCAAACUGGACCUUCAUCCCCGAAAGAAACAGCAGCUGUGUCUUGCUACACUCGGUCAAUUCCUUUGCAAGAAAGCUAUUUAUAAGUAAGUAUCCCAUUGACAUAUCAGACGUCUUCAUUCAUACUACGGGCACCACCAUAUCCCGAGACAACGCUGGCAAGAAUUUCACUUUUUCAAUGAGAAUUAAUGACACAGGCAGUGAGGUCACUGGGCAGGUGCUGAUCGGUAGAGAUGAACUUCAGAACGUGCCCGCUCCUUCCCAGGCCAUCAGCAUUGCAUUUCCGACUCUUGGGGCCAUCCUAGAAGCCAGUCUUUUGGAGAAUGUCACCGUCAAUGGGCUCGUCUUGUCUGUCAUUUUGCCCAAGGAACUUAAAAGAAUCUCGCUGAUUUUUGAAAAGAUCAGCAAGUCGGAGGAGAGGAGGACACAGUGUGUUGGCUGGCACUCCCUGGAGAGCAGAUGGGACCAGCAGGCCUGUCAAAUAAUUCAAGAAAACUCCCAGCAAGCUGUUUGCAAAUGUAGGCCAAGCAAGUUGUUUACCUCCUUCUCCAUUCUUAUGUCACCCCACAUGUUGGAGAGCCCGAUCCUGAUUCAUAUCAUGUACAUAGGCCUGGGCAUCUCGAUUUGCAGCUUGAUCCUUUGCUUGAUCAUCGAGGCCUUGGUCUGGGGCCAAGUGACGAAGACAGAGAGCUCGUACUUACGCCACGUGUGCAUUGUUAACAUCGCGGCCACCUUGCUGAUGGCUGACGUGUGGUUCAUUGUGGCUUCCUCUCUUAGUGGUCCCGUGACACGCCACAACGGGUGUGUGGCGGCAACAUUUUUUGUUCAUUUCUUUUACCUUUCUGUGUUUUUCUGGAUGCUUGCCAAGGCACUCCUCAUCCUCUAUGGAAUCCUGAUUGUUUUCCAUACACUGCCCAAAUCAGUCCUGGUGGCUGCUCUCUUUUCAGUCGGCUACGGGUGCCCUUUGCUCAUUGCUGCUGUUACGGUUGCUGCCACUGAGCCCAGCAAAGGCUACCUACGACCUGAGGCCUGCUGGCUCAACUGGGACAUGACCAAGGCCCUCCUGGCCUUCGUGGUCCCAGCCCUGGCCAUCGUGGUCGUAAACCUGAUCACAGUCACACUGGUGAUUGUCAAGACCCAGCACGCUGCCAUUGGAAGUUCCAUGUUCCAAGAGGUGAGAGCCAUUGUGAGAAUCAGUAAGAACAUCGCCAUCCUGACACCGCUGCUGGGGCUGACCUGGGGAUUCGGGAUAGCCACCGUCAUCGAUGACAGCAUCCUGGCCUUCCACAUUAUCUUCUCCUUGCUCAAUGCGUUCCAGGGCUUCUUCAUCUUGGUGUUUGGAACAAUCCUGGAUCCCAAGAUAAGAGAAGCUUUGAAGAGUCGAGUAACUUCUGCAAAAUGGGUCUCCAGAAUACCUGAGCUUGAUUUUCAAGAGGGGCUGGUUGCCACGGUUACUGGAGAUGUAAAGGAAGGCUGGGGCCGGCUCAGCGGUGCGGUAGAGAAGGCUCUCCAGUCUAGUUGCAUACACGCCCUUUCCUUGACCUUCACUCGCACAGUGCAGAAACCAGGUAUUGUUAUGCCAAGCUCCGACCCCUCAGCUGUUCUGAGUGAGGGAAACACGGGAAAAUGUUUGGAUGGCAGCAGAAGGGGCAUCAGGGUUGGCCCAGGGGACAUUCCCAAUCACAAGAGAAGAGGCAAUGUGGAGUUUUGCACGCCAACAUUGGAUGGGAUCCAUACCCACAGUAGGGCCACACCUUGUGGCCCUGAGUAG